AUGCCUGCAAAAACAUUAGAAUCUGACGACCUCGCUUCCGAAAGUACAGAAAUUCAUCCUUCACGACGAUUGCCAAACGAAGCAUGGCUUCCAAUACUCCAGCAUUCCUGCCAGUUCCCGCCUGACGUUUUUGAGUCCGUGUCUCUCAACCUGGUGAAGAAUCCGAACAUCAACUCCAGCCUGCUCUUUCGAGCGGAUAUCCUCUACGAUAGCUCGAACAAUGAGCUCACCAAUGCGCAGCUGUCGGAGAAUGAGGCGGCGCAGGUGCAGUACUGGUUGCGAGAAUACCAUAUCCGAGAUGGGGAGCUUCCAGGCUUCGAGGUCAAGAGGACUAUCAUCCGGCGGAUGAUCCCUCGAAAUCCUCAAUUGGACAAGCCAAUUGCCCAGACAUGUCUCCUACUCCAAUCAUCUACCGAUGAUACUAGAGACCCGAAGCGCUCUCUUGUCAUCUACGUACCACACGCUGCGAGUAUCGACGAGGUUCCCUGGUACCAUCCAAGAGUACAAGCACUGGCUUACAUGCAUUGCUGGAACCCAAGUGCAUCCUCUGAAGAUUCUCAAGGCAACAUCUCUCUACACUACCGCCUGUAUCCGUCCGAGUCUCUUCCUUUAUCCUCACGCCUUCUCCGGACGGGUCAGCAUCUAUUGUCGACAAUCCACAAACACGGCCAGGGCCAAUGGACGGGCUACACGAAACGGGUACACCAUGACCAGGUGGUCUCACAGCAGCGGGUCCAGAAUACUUACACAGAGCUCAAGCAGAGGCAUGCUCAGAGACUAUGUGAUCGCUGGGUCGAGAAGACGGAGCCGAGCAAGCAUGUCUUCGAGGAUCUGGGCAUCGCAGCUUUCUUGAUCGAGCUGUGGAAGGAUAUGUACGAUGCCGGAAAUGGCCUGGUUGAUCAGGACGGAGAUGAGCCUACAAACAAACAGGGGGCUUUCCCAGGCUUUGUCGAUAUCGGAUGCGGCAAUGGGGUGCUCGUUGAUACACUGCUGCGGGAAGGAUACUUGGGCUGGGGCUUCGAUGCCCGCAGACGGAAGACGUGGGAUACAUUUGAUGCAUCGAUCCAAAGUCAGCUUAAGGAGAUGAUACUCAUCCCGCAGCCGUUGUUCGAAAUACAGCACGACACUAUGUACCCCAUCUACGCUAAUGGAGGCAUACUAUCGGAGGGGCUCUCUUCCGCAGCCACCACAGAAAAAGCCAUGGGCGAUGUGCCAGCAUGGCACAAUGGCAUAUUCCCUCAGGGUACCUUUAUCAUCUCUAAUCACGCAGAUGAGCUGACCCCUUGGACACCUCUCCUCGCCUCCAUCUCCUCCUCUCCCUUCCUCGCCAUCCCAUGCUGCUCACACAAUCUAUCCGGUCUUCGUUUUCGCGCUCCAUCUGUUUUCAACAACAACUCUGCAGACGCACUAGCACCUUCCUAUUUCGCUGCCCACAUCAACAAAUCCAAGUCCAUAGCUAUCGCCAUUGCCUGUCCAGACAAUGAGGAGAUAUUUGGCCCGGGACCAGAACAAGGCGACCUCAAGGACCUCAAUGCAAAGGCUCGAGCAAAGCAACCCUCAGCUUAUUCUAGCCUCUGCGAUUGGGUUGCCCACUUAGCGGCUAGGGUGGGAUACAGGGUCGAGAGAGAAAUGUUGCGGAUGCCUAGCACAAGGAACGUUGGGAUCGUUGGUCGAGCUAUGAUGUCGGGGUUUGAAGGAGAAACAUUAGACACGAGGCGAGAAAGGCUUAACGAGAUAGUAACAAAUGAGAAAGCGGAUGGCGCGCAAUGGGUUGAAAGAGCCAGGGGCCUGAUGAGGGGACAGGGUUCCGGGCAUUGA